UUCGUCCUCUCCUUCAUCGCCUGCUCUUCUUCCUACACCGUUUCUUUCUUACCUUAUGUCCGUCGCUAUGGCCUCCCCAGAAGUCCAGGAGAUUCGUGCCAAGUCCUACGUUGGUUUCGACUCCAUCACCCAGCAGAUUGAGCACAAGCUCCUCAAGCGCGGUUUCCAGUUCAAUGUCAUGGUUGUCGGUCAAACGGGCUUGGGCAAGUCGACGCUCAUCAACACCAUUUUCGCGUCGCACCUUAUCGACUCUAAGGGCCGCUUGGAGGCCGACGAGCCCAUCAGACAGACUACGGAGAUUCAGACUGUUUCUCAUGUGAUAUCUGAGAAUGGCGUCAGGCUGCGCCUAAACAUUGUUGAUACGCCCGGUUAUGGCGACCAGGUCAACAACGAGAACUGCUGGGACCCUAUCAUCAAGUACAUCAAGGACCAGCACAGCGCCUACCUUCGCAAGGAGCUUACUGCCAUGCGUGACCGCUACAUCCAGGACACCCGUAUCCACUGCUGCCUGUACUUCAUCAACCCCACCGGUCACUCUCUCCGCGCCAUCGACGUCAUGGUUAUGAAGAAGCUCAGCGAGGUCGUCAACGUCGUUCCAGUCAUCGCCAAGUCCGACAGUUUGACCCUUGAGGAGCGGGAUUCGUUCAAGCAGAAGAUUCGUGCCGAACUCUUCCACCACAACAUCCGCUUGUACCCCUUCGACCAUGACGACACCGACGAGGAGGAAGUUCAGCUCAACGAAGGCAUUAGGAACAUGGUUCCCUUUGCCAUUGUUGGCUCUGAGCGCGACGUCCUCAUCGACGGCAAGUCCGUCCGUGGACGCAAGAACCGCUGGGGCGUCGUCAAUGUUGAGGACGAGACUCACUGCGAGUUUGUUUCCCUCAGGAACUUCCUUACCAGGACUCACCUCCAGGACCUGAUCGAGACUACCGCCCAGAUCCACUACGAGGCAUUCCGUUCGAAGCAGUUGUUGGCGCUCAAGGAGAACGCACGGCCAGCGCAGACCCCUGCCUAAACCCGCCUGUUCCAUUCGGGUCCUUCGGCUGAUUCUCGCUUCCUU